AUGACGGUGGAGUCCAAAGCCUCUGCCCGCGCAGGAACGACCGGAGAUGUCGACGCGAAGAAGCUGGAGGAAAUGGGUUACGAGCAGGCCAUGAAGAGGAGGUUCUCCGUCUGGUCUGUCCUCGGGGUGGGCUUCUCGCUCACGAAUUCCUGGUGGGCUGUAUCCACUGCAAUGAUUACCGGCAUCAACUCUGGAGGCCCUGUCUUACUGGUCUACGGAACUAUCCUCCUUUUCGUCGUGUCCAUCGGCAUUGCUUCCUCGCUUUCGGAACUCGUCAGUGCUCUACCGAACGCUGCAGGGCAGUCGUUCUGGGCUCGCGAGCUAGCGCCGAAGAAGUAUAGCAACAUAGCUUCGUAUCUCGCAGGCUGGUUUGCGUGGGCUGGGUCGCUCUUCGCGUGCGCAAGCGUGGCUUUGACCGUCGGAUACGCGCUUGUGGCGUGCUAUGAACUGACUCAUCCCGAUUUUCAGUCCAAAACAUGGCACGUCUUCUUAGCAUACCAAUGCGUGAAUGGCUUCAGUGCCAUCUUCAACUGUUACGGAAAAGUCCUCCCAACAGUGGCCACCGUGUCGCUGUACACGACACUCAUUUCGUUUGUCGUGAUCCUCAUCACCGUCCCAGCGGAAGCGCCUACUCAUAGAGGCGCUCAUUUCGUGUUCAACACGUUCCUGAACAAGACCGGCUGGUCGCAGAAUGGGAUCGCUUUUAUCGUCGGUCUGAUCAAUACGAACUGGGGCUUCAGCUGUCUCGACACAGCGGUCCAUCUUGCAGAAGAGGUGCCUCAGCCUGAAAAGAACGUCCCCAUCGCUAUCAUGGGCACCGUGUUCAUUGGAUUCGUGACCUCAUUUGCCUUCAUCAUCAGUAUGAUGUUCAGCCUUCUCGAUCUCGAUUCCGUAUCCGCAGGCCUGGCACCAGUCCUUAACCUUUUCUAUGGUGCGUUGGGGAACAAGGCUGGAGCGAUCGUGUUGGAGGCACUCGUCAUUGCAACUGGCGUCGGCUGUCAGAUAGCGUGUCAGACCUGGCAGUCGCGCCUCUGCUGGUCGUUCUCUCGUGAUCGCGGACUGCCACUCCAUCGGUUUUGGGUCAAGAUCCACCCGACGUUGGAUGUGCCAUUGAAUGCGCACGCAUUCGGCUGCGUUAUCGUUGCAAUCCUCGGGUGUCUCUAUCUGGCUUCGUACGCCGCGAUCAACAGCAUUAUCACAGGAUGCAUUGUGCUGCCGUACGUCUCGUACGCGAUACCCGUCAUCUGCCUCCUCAUGAGAGGUCGUGCGAAUCUCCGGCCUGGGCCGUUUUGGUUGGGCAAGCACGGAUACAUCGCCAAUUUCACGCUGCUCGGUUGGACGCUCUUCUGUGUGGUCAUGUACUCAUUCCCCGCGUACAUGCCUGCGGCUGCGGGUUCAAUGAACUAUGUCUCAGCCUGUUACGGCAUCCUGGUCUUGCUCUUCACGGUAGACUGGUUCGUUCGGGCUCGGAAGGAGUACCGUGGGCAGACCCUCGAGCAUGGCGAGGGAAUGCAUUCCACUGUCGGUCUUUGA